AUGUUCGUUUUAUAAUAAAGAGUGCUAGAAAGUAAUCCAAGUGAUUAUUAUUGUAGAGUGCAUAAUGGACAUCACUAAGAAAGCAUUUGGAGAUCAAAUAGAAACAGACAAUAGAGGGACAUUUCUUAAUCGAAUAAAAGAAAUUACUUUAGAAACAUUUUAACUAAAUUAUGGUGAAGAGAUAUUAUUGCUGUAAUAAGAAUUGAGACAAUCUUAAGAAACAGUUGAAAAAACAAAGUUAGAGUAUUUUGAUAGAGAAUAAUAAUUGAUUAUCAAUCUUGAAUAAAAAUUGUAAGAGCAAUAAAUAUUACAAUUAAAAGAAUUAAAUAAUCUCUAAGAAAUGUAUGAUGAAUAAAAUUAGCUUAAUAAAAAGCUCUAAGUUAAUCUAGAUAGAUUAAAUAGAUAAAAUAAUGAACUUACUUAAUAAAAUAAUCAAUUGAAUAAAGAAAUUUCAAAUUUGAAAGAAAAUUAUAGUUAAUUUGAAUAAUAAUAAAAACUUAAAAAUUAAGAAAUUUAUGAAUUUAGACAAAAGUUUGAAUAAUAAGUGUCAACUAAUUCUAUACUUGAAUAGUAGUAUAAAUCUAUGAAAUAAGAGAUGGAAAAAGUAAUUAAAGAAAUGUAAAGAAAGAAUCAAUCAUAAAUAGAUGAGAACAUUAUUUUAGAAAAUGAAGUUUAAAGGUUGAAAUGGGAAUAUGAAUAAUUAAAAACAAAGAAACAUUAAGAAUCUCAAAAGUAUAAGGAGGCCUUAGAAUAAUUGAAAUAAAAAAGUUAGAAUAAAAUAAGGGAAUAUAAAUAAAAACUCAAAGAAGUUUAAAAUAAAGAUGCCUUUAUUAUAGAAUUAUAGGAUUAAAUCAAAGAAUUAGAGGAUCAAAUUGAAUUUUAAUAAGGAUAACAUAAGUAAUCAAUUAAGAAUUUAGAAGUUUAAUAUAAAAAGUAAUUUGAAAACUUAGAAUAAAAUAUGGAGUAGGAGAAAUCAAUAAUAUAACAACAUUUAAGUAAAAGUUUAGAGAGUACUUUAAAUGAUAAAGAUAGAGAAAUAUUAAGUUUAUUCUCUUAAACAUAAUAAUUGAAAUAAUCUCUCUAAAUUGAACAGGAUAUUAAAUAGAAAAAUGUAAUAAAAUUUGAAGAUUAGAUUAAAUAAUUAAAUUAAUAAAUGAAUGAAUUAAAUAAUGAGAUAUAAGAUUAGUUAAUGAAAAUAUAACAUUUAGAGUAAGAAUUAAUAAAGAAAGAUUAAAAUAUAAAGUUAUUAUUGAAUGAUGUUGAUGAAUUACGUCAAUUUUCUGAAUAAACACUUAAUACUUUAAGAGAGAAUUAAGAUUAUUUGAGUGAAUUGGAAAGAGAGAAGCAAUAAUAACAUGAGAUAAUAGAAAAUAUAUAGAACUAAUUAGAAAUUUAAAUUAAGGGUUCUUUUUCUUAUAAACGAUUAGGGGAAGAAUUGGAAUAGAGAUGCAAAUUAUAUAAAUAGGAGCAUUGUUUAAUGUUGGAAGAACAAUUAAAAAGAUAGGCAUCUUGCUAAUAAGAAAUUGAUAAACUUAAUGAUGAAAAUUAAUAAAACAUUCUUAAUUUUGAAAAUUAAUAGAAGAAAUUAAAGUUAGAAUUUAAAUUAUAAUCUGAAGAGUAAAUGAGAUAAUAUAAUUAAUUAGAAAAAGAAUCAUAAUAAAUGAAUGAAUAAAUUGAGAAUUUGGAGAAGUAACAUUAAGAAUUAAUAUAAGAUUUAGAAUCAUAUAUAACAUAAUAUACAAAUGCUUUAUCUUAAAUAGAAGAACUUAAAAAUAGAGAAAAUGAUUUAAUUUAAACUUAAAGUAAGAAUUAAUAAAUCUGGAAUAAUGAGAAAUAGGUACUUACUUCAUAAUUGGAAGAUCAAAAAGUGUAAUUAAAUAAAUUAAAAUAAUAAGUAAUAAUAUCAGUUUGUAAAUAAAAGUAAUAAUUAAAAUAAUAAUUGAUUGAAACUAAGUAAUUUAUUUAAAACAGACUUUAAAGUUAUGAUAUAGAUAUUAGAGAAUACUUGUAAAAUUAAAUAAAAAGAAUCCUUUAAGUAAUUAUUUCAAUUAAUUUUAAGUUAUCAAAUUAAGAGUUAUAUUUGGAGAAGAGAAAUCAUGAAGUUAUUUUGAAAGAAUUUGAAAUAGAAUUUGAUAGAAAGAUUGAUUAAGUCAAGAGAGAAUACAAGUUGAUUUAAGAAGAAUCAGAUAUUAUUAUCAAAUAAAAGAUGUAAUAAAUCUAUUAAUAUGAUUAAUCAAUUAAUGAUUUAAAGAAACAAUUAAAUCUAAAAAUAUAGGAAUAUGAUAAUUUAUAAUCAUAAUUCUUUGUUUCAGAUUAAUUAUGCAAAGAAUUAUAAAAAAAAGCUGAGAUAGAUUAAAUGCAUUCUUAGAAAGCAAUUUCUCAAUUAUAAGAAGAAUUGUAAUAAAAAAUUGAAUAAAUUUUAGAAUAUCAAUUUAACAAACAGUAGAUUUCAUUUAGAAGGAGAGAUAAUACUUUGAAUAAAGAUAUAAUGAUUUCAAAGUUAUGUCUGAAAGGAAUAUAGAUUAAAUUUCACGAGAAUAUUAAUAGUAAAUUUAAUAAUUAGAAGUUUUGGUUUAAAAAAAUGAAAAAGUAGAUUCAUCACCUAUAUUCUUAAAACAUUCUUUAUCAUCAAGUUAAGGAUUUCAUAGAUCUCCAAAUAUGAUUAAAUAAAAUUGUAGCAAUUCAUUUAUUUAUAUAGAUCAUUAUUAAAAACCACCAAAUUAUGGAUCUCCUACUUUACGUACUCCUAAUAAAUCUCCAAUCAAUGCAAGAGCUGAUAAAACCAUAGAAGAAUUGAGAGUGGAAAUUCAUUAACAAAAAGAAAAACUAUCUAGAAUGAAGCUUAAUUUUACAGAAUCUCAGAAGAAAUCCAAAAUUUCUUCUAAUUAUUGA